UUCAGGUUGCCAACAAGUGCAUAUUUGAGUUUUUGUAUUAUCAAAAUUAUUGGCCACUGAGCUAACUGAUGGGAUCCUGUUAUGAUCAAUACUACGAUUAUUAUAAAAGUAUUUCUGAUUGGCGAUUCUGGUGUUGGGAAAUCAUGCCUUCUUUCACGUUUUACUAGAAACGAAUUCGAUCAGGAAUCGAAGUCUACAAAUGGAGUGGAAUUUGCGACAAGAAGUUUGGAAAUCGAUGGCAAAGUUGUUAAGCUCAGUAUGAAGGUUUGGGAUACUGCAGGUCAAGAAAGGUGCAGAGCAAUUACAAGUGCUUAUUACAGGGGAGCAGUUGGUGCUGCUAUUCUAGUUUAUGACAUAACAAAAACAAGACUAAUUACAUCAAAAGAACACAUCAUUAGGUUUGGAAACAUAGACAGAUUUGGUUGUUUCAGCCCAUUUGUAUGCCAAUGUUCGUUUAUGCAUUAUCAACAACAUUAAAUGCAGAAAGUUGUAAUGUAUUUUAAAACCAUUACGCUCCAAACUUUUGUAUACCUGACUGCCUGGGUUAGCCCUUCAGUUUAUCCUGUAUUUCUGAUUAACAAAAUGAAUCCUGUUUUUCAUGUUAUUGCAAAUGCUUGGUAAGAACUUGGUAGGGGCUAUCUAUUUCCUAACCAUACUUAAUUAAAUCAUGCAAAGGAACUAUUUCAUAAUGUUAAACAAAAGGUUUUAAUUCCUCAGCCAAAAAACACGUUAUUCAAUUAUAAAGGUGAUCAAUUCACGCAUAAUUAAGCAUGACAACUGAAGAUUGAUUGUUCAUAACAAUAAUCAAAUAUGGUAAUUUAUAUCUAAAACGUUAAAAAGCACAUCUACUUUUUUCUUGCAUCAAGAUCAUCCAGUAUCUUGGUCAUCUAAAGGAUUCAAUAUGAAUAAAUGGUCACGUGUUGGUUUGAUCUGAAAAUAAUCACCUUCUUUGUCAAUAACUACAUGAGAAAAAUUCACAUGGUAAAUAAUUGAGAAAAUAUUCAAGAUGAUUGAUAGCUAGCAACCAUGUACUUAUAGCGAAGUAAAAGACAACUGUGAAUAUAUAUUUUAAAACAAUAGCACAUACUUCAUGUAGUCAUAUUUCCAGUCUUUAAGUUUCAGGAUAUUUCUUUUUACAGACAAUGGUGAAACCCAGGGUAAAAUAUUGAGAUAACAGCCAGGUUUAUCAUUGGUACCUGAUGCAACGUUAUAGCAUAAGAAACAGCUUUUGUGUACAGUAGCAGCACAGCUAAUCUAUCUUAUUUAUAUUGAUAUAACCUUCUGUCUAUUGAAAAAUAUUUGAAGUAAUAAAAAAACAUGUUAUUGAA